GUCCCGUCCUUCCUCGCGGGUGGAAGUGUGUUGUGCGGACUGCUUUCCUCCGGCUUGCCGACAGACUAGUUUGUCACUUCCCGAACGACAUUUCUCCUUUUUUUUUUUCAUCUGAUUAUAUAACUACCCAGAGAGAAUGAACACCAUCAUUCGAUCUACCGCCCGGUGUCUCCGGGCCGGGGCGGCGGCGGUCUAUCUGCCCGUUCGAGCCGGCGCACGCGUGUGGUCGGCCUCGCCGCCGCGGCGGCUGCUGUGCGCGGCGGCGGACCUCCAGAAGGACCUUGGCGCCAUGGUGAAGAAGGACAAGGUGGUGGUGUUCAUGAAGGGCACGCCGGCGCAGCCCAUGUGCGGCUUCAGCAACGCCGUGGUCCAGAUCCUGCGCAUGCACGGGGUGGACCAGUACGCCGCGUACAACGUGCUGGACGACGGCGAGCUCAGGGAAGGAGUCAAGGUCUUCUCCAACUGGCCCACAAUCCCUCAGGUGUACUUCAGCGGCGAGUUUGUGGGAGGCUGCGACAUUCUGCUCCAGAUGCACCAGAACGGAGAUCUGGUGGAGGAACUGAAGAAGCUGGGUAUUCAUUCUGCACUGCUCAACGCUGAGAAAGAAUCCAAGUAGAAGACGAUUUUAAACUUCCAAACUGCUGACGAGACAGAGAGACACAUUUAUCAAGUUCAAUUCCCCCCCCCCCAAUCAUAUGAUCACAUAUGAAUCAAGUCCGUAGGCAGCCGUGGGCAGAAUGGACUCGCAAGUGCAGAUGAAAGUGAUGAGUGUAAGCAAAUUUUGUGGCAGCACUUUAUCUUGAUUCUGGCAUAUUUACACUUAACCAUGUUCAAUAUUCAUAAAAAAGUUAAGAUUGUCAUACACAGCUCCUGUUGCACUGCUCCCACUCUGUUCAAGUCCACACUUUAUGUAUCUGACAGGGGGGCUUAAAUCUGUGAAGAAAAAUAGAGUGGACCGUGUCAAACACAAUUUUACCUACAGUAAAUUUGUGCCACAUUUAUCACCUGAGAAGGUGCAGCAACAUUUUUUUACCACCUGGGGGCAGAGGAAUCUAAUUACAAACUAAACAUGGACAUAUUAUCACAUUUUAAGUUUACACUGCAAAUUUAAAUUCUGUGUCUGAAUGUAAGUCCAAUAUUCAGUCUUUCCCAUCUCUGCUGUGGUCUCCACUAGAUCCUGACAAAAAAAACUCAGGCCCUUCAGCUGCUAGACGCUCCACUGUGCUCAACAGUUAGUUGUAACUUCGCUGUGUCUGGUGGGAAAGUAGUGUGCAGUGGGAAAUAACAGCUUUUUUGCCUGCUGGCCAUGAAGUUGCGGUGAGAGCUGUGGGAGUGAAAUAAAUCAUCAAGGUCAUGGGUCAAAGACGCCACAGAGCCGAGGGGAACUGCUUUCUGUGACUUUGUCAUUAUAGAGCAGCCGCUUUCACAUCACAUGUAGUCUUCUUAUGAUGUAAAAGUGAUCACAGCAGCUUUAAUAUUUUCUUAUGUAACAUGGGGAGGGACAGUUAAGAUCUUUGUCAUCUGGUUUCUAUCAAAUCAUAGUUCACAUAAUUUGAUCUUAAAAGAUGUUUUAAAAAAGAAAGGAUUAAAAAUCUAUAUGAGCAUAGUUUUUGGAAUCACUGUUGGAGAAAGCAUUUCUACUGCCUACGGUUUCCCUCCCGUGCUUUGAGUGGUUUACAGAAAUAUGCUGCUUUCAUCUUCCCCUAUUAAAUUCCCGCUGCCUCUAUUGUCUAGCUGUUUUCCACAAGCCACAGUCACUUCCACACCAAAUGACUCUCAGGUUGCACCAAGUCCAAGUGAAGGUCUUUAUAAUCCUAUUCGUCCUCACACCAGAAACCUUCCUACUGCACUGCCUGUGAAUACACUAUACUGGGAGGAAGAACAAAGAGGGGGGGCAGACUGUUUGGAUCAAUAAAGAUGUUUUAAUGUAAACACUGUGUAAUUACACCACAUGAAUUGUUCUUUGUAGUGAAGCUGAAGUACAGACACGGACGCACCUCACUGACAUCCUUACAGACACGUACUGUCAAAAUAGUCUAUUUGUUCUUCCUGCCAGGAACCACACUCAAAAUGUGCUGCCUCUGUUUGUGUCUACUUCCGCUUGAAACGCAACAAACAUACAAUGACAUGUUUUCUCUUCUCUUGAAAAUGAUGGAUUUGUUAAAAAUGUAAAAGUCUGGUGUCUGUCAUUGAAUGUGUGCAGGUUUUUUUCUUCUUCUUUUUGGGAGGGGUGGGGAGUGUUUUUGCUUUGAGUUUUCUGUCCUUGAGCCUAAGAGUGUCUGACCUUUAUCAAUCCUACGGUAGCUGUUCCUCCUGCUGCACACAGGUGUAUUAUCAAAUCAAUGGUCAUGUAGUACACUGUAAGAUAUUGUACAUUGAAAGCAUAUUAUUAAAUGUAUUUUAACUGCAUGUAAACCCUGCACCGAUUAAAUAUUUUGUGAAACAAA